UUCAAAGUUUUCAAUGGUGGAAAAGAAAUCAAUAUAUGUGGCAAAUUCUUGAUGACAGAUCCUUGGUGGGCUGCAACUGUGCGUUUGAAAACAAUAAGAAGGAAGGGUUUACGUUUUAUGGCAGGUAAUCCUGAGUACAGACUGAGAGAUGAUCCAGGUGUGAAGACACAGAACUUAGUGUAUCUUUUUCUCACCAACACCAUGACUGGUGCUGACAGACAGCAUGUGGAUGCUUUUUUUGAGCAAAUAAAGUCAUGGGGAGAGGUAGUCUCAUUUCAAAACAUGCUAGAACUCCUUGAAAGGUUUAAGUUAGCCAUUCCAUCAAAUGAUGAGAGAAGUGGGAUGGCCGAGAAUAUAAUCUCUCACUUGCAGAGCUCUGAGAGUGGUGGAACUGUAUAUAAAUACCUUACACAGAAUUUACAAGACUUCUUCAGAUGGAUUCCACAGUUGCUUCCAAGACAUUUUCUGCAUUUUCUCCAAGAUGGUGAUAAAGACGGAAAAAGAAGAUUUCAAAAUACGAUUUGUCAGGAAUUUAAUAAAGCACUUACAAAGGAGCCAUGGGUUUUUGGAUUCAGUCCAGUCUUGAGGUACAAGUUCAGUGUGGUUGGCUGUGAAGCUACUCUCCAAUCAUAUAAGGCAUGCGGAAUCUUUGAUAAACUGAGUCCUCUUCAUCAAGAUGCCUUGUACAUUUAUGACAUGUUAAAGAAAGAGAGCCGAGGAAAGGGACAUACCUUCCUGUAUGAAAACUCUAUUACUCAGAAAAAGUUGGAUGACCAUAAAGUGACCAACUACCGCAAAGCAUUCCAGUUUCUGGUGGAUAAUUACAUAAUAGUACGAGAAAAUGGCAGAGUCUAUUUGAGGUACUUGUGGAAAGCAGAGGAGGAAAUCAAGCAAGGGAUAGGUACCAUGCUGACAUGUGAGCCAUGGACCUUUGACAUUGAUUUUGACAGGCCUGAGUUUCAGCAAAUAGCUCAGGAUGAGGAUCAGAAGCUUGCUGCACAGGUCAUCAGUCAGAAUGCCGUAACUGUUUUGUCAGGUAAAGGUGGCUGUGGGAAGACAACUGUUGUCAGCUCUGUGUUUAGACAUGCACAAAAACUAGACAAAACUGAAGACCAGGGAUUUGAGAGAGAAGGAAAGACACCAUUUGAUGAAGAGAAAGAUAUGAUAAAUGAUGCAGAAUUGGAAUUCAGCAGAGCCAUGGAUAUGCCAGAGAAUCAAGAAUUUGGAGAAAAACAAAAGGUGAAAACAAACAUUACAGUGCUGCUAACUGCUCCCACUGGCAAGGCAGCCAAUAUUCUUGGCCGGCGUUCUCACCUGCCCUCCUUCACUUUGCACCAGGUGCUCUGGAGCUGGAGGAUGCACCUCAAAAAAGUAAAAAAUUCAAAUGAAGAAGAUCCUGAAUGGAAGUUCAAGCAUGUCAAAGCAGUGGUAGUGGAUGAGUCCAGCUUGGUUUCUGUCUGUCUUUUCAACAAUAUGUUUCAACUUCUACUUCAACAUGCAGAUCUCAAAAAGUUGGUUGUGCUUGGGGAUGUGCAUCAGUUGCCUUCUAUUGACCCCGGGAACUUUCUGUCUGAUUUGUAUGAUUCUUUACAUGAUAGUGGAUGCAGCAUUUUGUUAAAACAGAACCACAGGAGUGAAUCCAAAGCAAUAGUUGAGAAUGCAGAAAGAAUAUCUAAGUUGGAGGUCCCACUGUUUAACAAAGAGGAUAAGUUCUUUGAGGUCACAAUACCAGAAAAUGAUGAUGGACCAGGCACUGGUGGUGCAGUAAGGAGUUUGUUAAGUGGCCAGGAUCCGUGCAUAGGAACUGUAGAAAACUCCCAGUUUGUAGCAUUUAGAAAUAAAGAUUGUGACUGCAUCAAUGAGAUCUGCUGCCUCCAUUAUGUUGGUCAUAGUAUCAAGGAUCCAAAAGGCAGAUUCAACUUCCAGCCAGGAGACAAAGUAUGCUGCAGAAAGAAUGGAAGUGUCAUAAAUCACUUCCAAAAAGAAAAAGUACAAAGGAGAUCCAAAAGGAGGAAAAAUGCAGCUGGGGAAUGCAGUGCCAGGCCUAGUGGAAGUACUUUUGAUGAAACAGUGAAUGAAACAAAUGCAGGUGCAGCUGUUUCCCAGGAAAAUGACUCAGAAACUGAGGACGAAGAGCUUAUGCCUAGGCUGUGCAACGGGGAGGUGUUUUUUAUUAAAGAUGAUAUCACUGUGGAAACAUUCAACAACAAACGAAGAUUCCUGGUCCUGGAUGACCGAGAUCCUGAUCCAGACCAUCGGCGUAUCAUAAAAGUUUGCUACAGGGAGGUGAUGCGUCAGUGUAAGCUGAGACAUGCCUGGGCACGGACUAUUCACACCUAUCAGGGUUCAGAAUCGGAGACUGUCACCUAUGUGGUGGGCAAAGCCUACGGCCAGAACUGGAAGCACGUGUACACGGCAGUGACACGGGGCAGGAAGCAGGUGAUCAUACUGUCCGAGAAAUCCCAGCUUAAGGCCGCAGUGGGAACAGCGGCAAGGAAGAGGAACACAAGUCUGUAUGAGAGGCUGACCAAGCUCAUUGGAGAGUUGAAGAAGAAAAGGACAAUACAUGGCCCAUCACUGAAACCUGCUGUUCCUCAUGCAGUAGCUAAGCCUGAUGAAACUAUCAACCCAGCACUUCCAAGCAUCAGUAAGAAAGAAGAAUCUUUAGAUUUUGAAUACGCUCAAGCUGUAGACUCCUCUGAAGAAGAUGCUUUGGAAUCAUCGGUAUACUUUGACGACAGUGGUUUGAUAAGAUUUAAUCAUACAACUGGCAUGAUUAACCAUCUUUCUUCUGAUGGCAAUCGUUGUCAAGAGAAACCAUUGCAAGACAUUCCUGACCUUCCAGUUUCUAACAUAACAGGUAAUAACCAAAUUGCUUCAGCAACGUCUUUCAAUGAGGCAGAAGUGCAUUCAUCAAGGUCUACUAUACCCAGAUCUGAUAAUGUGCAAGUUUCUUCCAAUACAAAAGUCAGCAAUGAGAGCCAAAGUUGGUCGGAGUGGAGUGAGACUUUCUUUGAAAAUGUCAUGACUGGUGAUGAAUUCCUUAUUCCAGACAAAGAGAAGGAAGACAGUUUAACCAAAGGGGGAAUUACACAAAACAAAGCAGAAGGAAGAAAGGAAACAGAUGUAAAUAGUACACCACAACUAGAAGACCAGACUCCAACAGCUUCUGAAAAUUCAGUGAUGAAUGACUCAGAACUUUUCAGUGUUGCAGAGAGUAUGGAAACAGCUUUGGCAAAAGAUGACAAGUCAAAUUUAGAACUAGCCCGUCCUAUUGAAGAAAGUUCAGAGACAGAUGUACUCGAUAUUCCGUCCAUCAGUUCCCCAUUGAAAAAUGAUUUUCUAAGAAGGCCUUGUGCCCAGAAAACAAGAGAGGUUGCCAGAUUGCCCCAUCAAACUACCAGCAUGAAAUCUCCAUUAGUUUCACCAAAACGGAAAGCACAGCCCAGCUUUUCCACCCCAAGUACACCUAAUAAGAAACCUACAACAACAGCACUUUAUGAUGGGAUGUGUGACCACUGUAUGUCUCCCAUAAGAAAGGGAAUAGACAACAUAACAUUCUAUAAAACCCCUUACACACCCACUCAAGGUUUAGGCACAAGCUUUCAGAAAAAAUGGAUUCAUGCAGGAUGUGAUAUUUCUACUUCCUCAGACGAACAGUAAACCAACAAAACUAAAAUCCCUAGUAAAAAAUACAUUUCAUAACAUUCUGCAAAAUUUACAUUUUAGUUUUUUUAGUUAACAUAGAUUCAUUUACAUUUUGGCUUGUAAGAGCUUUCUAUUUCAUAUUCCCUUAGAAUGCUGUAGCAGUUGCUUUAUGAUAUGAUAAGAUGCAAAUUGUACCAUAGCCAUCAAGAUGAAGGCAUCAUAGAUUUGGCAUUCUUGCAGUGUUUUAAGAAUCACAAUUGCUAAUCAUUUCCUAUGACCCCAAAGUAACCAUAAAGUUGACUAGCCUCAUCUGGUUUUACCCCGAAUAUACUGGAUUUGAUCAUUGGGUACAAUAGGUUUUACAAAUGACCAACCUUGAAGUGAAAAUUGAGCCAUUGCUUUUCUUGCCAUGAUGCUUAUUGCAGUUCCCCACUUGAGCUUUUUUGAGGAAUCUUCAAUAAAAAUAUAAUGCACAAAUUGUGCAAUGUCCCAAUGAAGUAGAAAGUGUGAACUAGACUUUUAGUAAGCACAAUCAUAGAUCGCAUUCACAACGAGUUGAGCCAGGCUUUACAAAUCCUGGGGA